AACCCUUUAAAAAGGCUUUAACACCUUGAUGAAGUUCCACAAGGAUAUUUUUAUCCUUUGGUUCUUUAGAAAACGUCUACCAGCGCUUUAAACAAACCAGAAACCAAUAGACUCAAGAACUUGUAUAGUGAAACAUUAAGACUUUUUUGAGCUACAAUACAACCUCAAGAUCCCCACAUAACCAUUUUUUCUGACUUAAAAAAAAAGCUUUUUGCUGAACCUAAGAAUCGCCAAAGAACCUUUAUUUUGUGCGGUGCGCGCACCCGUGCACACAGGCGCACCACAUCUUAAAUAUAUUGCGCGGUCACGAGGCAGACACUCUCACUCGGUCAGCUUCGACUGUCUUUAGUAAGACGCGCGCCUCGGCGAUAGAUACAAGCGUUUAGACACCAGGCAUACAUGUGCAUGCGUGGUGAAAUGCUGGAUUGACUAACACUGAAGAUCUCGGGGAUCAAUGGCGCGCGGCUUUGAGAUCGUUUAAAAUUUAUUGGAAAGGAGAGUGUGAGAGAGAAAGGGAAGAGAGAGAGAGAGAAAAAAGAAAACAGUGUCUUUCAACAAUGGAACUUACGAUGGAAAGCAUUGGGAAUCUGCACGGCGUGUCACACUCCCAUCAAACGGGGGACUUGAUGAACUCUCCUCACGCGCGACAGUCAGCGACACAUAGGAACUUGGUGUCAUCGCAUGGGAGGUCAGCGAUGGUGUCCAGCAUGGCCUCGAUACUGGACGGAGCUGGGGAGUAUCGCACGGAUCAUUCGCUGUCCGGUGCUCUCCAUCCAGCAAUGACCAUGUCGUGCGAUUCGAGCAUGAGCCUGAGCAGCACUUACACCACCCUGACGCCGCUGCAGCACCACCUGCCUCCCAUAUCCAACGUCUCAGAGAAAUUUCACCACCACCCGCACCCUCACGCUCAUCACCAUCCCGCGCACCAGCGUCUCUCAGCCGGGAACGUGAGCGGCAGCUUCACGCUGAUGCGGGAUGACCGGGGCCUCGCGUCUAUGAGCAACCUAUACGGCCACUACUCCAAAGACUUGUCCGGGAUGGGACCACCUUUAUCGCCUCUUUCUAACGGCCUUGGGUCUUUGCACAACUCUCAACAGACUCUGAGCGCGUACGGCCCGACUGCUCACCUGGGGAACGACAAGAUGAUUUCUACGGGAGGCUUCGAGACUCACGCUGCGAUGCUCGGCCGCGGCGAGGAGCACCUGGCGCGGGGUUUAGGGGGCCACGGGGCGGGCAUUAUGUCUUCUCUCAACGGCAUCAACCACCACCACCACCACCACAGUCACUCACACUCUCAGGCGAACGGGUCGGUGCUGGCGGAGCGGGACAGGCAGGCAGCAGGAGGCGGCGGACAGGGUGGUGGGUCAGGGCAGGUAGAGGAGAUCAACACUAAAGAGGUGGCGCAGAGGAUAACGGCAGAGUUAAAGAGGUACAGCAUCCCACAGGCCAUCUUUGCCCAGAGGAUCUUGUGUCGCUCUCAAGGAACUCUCUCGGACCUGCUGCGGAAUCCCAAACCCUGGAGUAAACUCAAGUCAGGUCGGGAGACGUUCAGACGGAUGUGGAAGUGGCUGCAGGAACCGGAGUUCCAGCGCAUGUCGGCCCUUAGGCUUGCAGCUUGCAAACGGAAGGAACAGGAGCAGCACAAGGAACGCAAUAUGGCACCCAAGAAGCAGCGUUUGGUCUUCACCGACCUGCAGCGCCGCACACUCAUCGCCAUUUUCAAGGAGAACAAGCGGCCCUCGAAGGAAAUGCAGCUGACCAUCUCGCAGCAGCUGGGACUGGAACUCAACACCGUCAGCAACUUCUUCAUGAACGCACGUCGCCGCUGCGUCGACCGCUGGCAUGAGGAACACCAUCACGGCCAUGUAGCCAGUCCCAGCCAGCCAGGCACCUCCGCCACCACCUUCUCCAAGGCUUAAAUCGAAAUCCCUUUUCCCCUGGGUGGCUGAGACUGGAUCAGUCCAACCUCACAGUCACCCGUUGCGUGCCAAUCAAUCCCACUGCUGCCAAAAAUGGCGAUGUUUCAUGUUAAAUGCAACCUUUUACUUUGGGACUGUUAUGAAAUCAAGCCAAACAUCUCCACAUGGAAAAGCACCACAUUAUAUUCAAAUAAACCACAACGAAGUGAGCUGAAAUGGUCUGUUUGUGCGGUUGAGGACAAACGAGCACUUUCACAGCUCAUGGCACAGAAGGCUUGUUACUCAAGCAAGGUUGUCAAAGAAUGCUACCACCUGCAUCAUCACUCUCGGGCCCAUGGCGGCACAAUUCCCUAAUGGCCAGUUGUUUCACUGAGGCUCUCAGAUCAUAUGCAAAGCUAAUGAAUUGAGAGACUAAUCGAUACAGACAGAAAAGCGAAGGACGUCGACCUCUACUGAAGGUGAAAUGGAACGAGCUCCUACAACAAGGACUCGCACAUUCGCCCAGCUCGGCUCUCCUUACGGAUUAUUUUGCACAGAUGGAAAUGGAGGGCUGGACUGAGAUGUUUCAUGGCACUUGUGGUUAACAAGUGUUCUUAUAAUCCAAACUGUCCAUAAUGCAACAAGCAAACCAGUCGAGAACUGUCUUCAAGUCUGGGGACAAAAUACUGGACCAUUUUUCGCAAACGGUGCACCCUUUCUGAUCUCGACAGACUGCGACUUAUGAUAUUUCAUAUUUAUGAAUAAAAUAUUUUUCAUUCCGUGUAGGAUAGGCCAAAUGUCAAGACAGGUACAGCCAAACACAACAAGGCACAUUUUAAACACGUAUGGAAAUAUUUGUUACGAAAUGUUACAUCCACACGCAACUGAAAUCUUACUAACAAAUCAAAUAUAUUGUUUAUCCUGUUUAGUAGACAAGGGGUAAACACAGUUUAAAAUGUUACAUUAAAUCUAGUGCCAAUAAUGUUUGCCUUAAUAUAAUAUAAAAGUUCACAUACUCUCAGCCAGAGUCCACUCCCAAACUGGAAUUAUGUGCUAUAGCAACCAACAAUCAUCUUUUAAAAAGAAUCAGAGAAAAAUAUGAAAAUAAUCAUUGCUUUAAAAUCAUUUAGUACAGCUAGUCUGUAAUAAAACCAUCUGAAAAGGAAGAAAUAUCUCUACAGCAACACAAUAGAAACAGAAAAACACUAAAACCAUUUCUCCUCCUCUUUAAUCCCUAUUUUUCUUUUGAUCUCUCUCCCACUUGCGUUCUUUUCAUAAUAUUAAAGCGGGUAAUUGGUACAUAUUUCUAUUUCUUAUUAAACUUGUGAUCUGUGCAUAUGUAAGGCACCUUGUUGAUCAUUUGGAAAAUUCAUUAAAAAAAAAAAAGGACUUUCUACAAGAAUAACCAAACUUGGGUGGACUGCAGAAGGACAUCUCUGCAUUGCAUGUAAUACCACAGGUUAUAAGAGAAUGAACUUUCACUGACUGUGAAAGAGAUAUCGCUCUCUCUUGGCUCUGUUGAAGAGUAAACAUACAAAAAAAAAACAUGAAUUCCACCCACAAUUCUCCCAAAAUCCUUGAAAAACCCUGCCAAAUGGGUGUGAAACAAGGGUGCAACCUUACCUCCGUGGGGAGAUGUUCAAAAUCGAAGAGGAGUCUUUUUUUUGUGUCUUUGAAUGCAACAGUAGCAUUUCUGGAAAUGUUGCAGGACUUGCUGAAUGGAUAAAAGUGAGCACUGUUAAUGCAAUGAUGCUCUGAGCAUUGAUUUAUAAGUAGGCCCAGACGGAAUCUGCAAACAUUUCAGGUGAGAAAUCAGCGCAAAUAUGGUGCAAUGUGUAGCUGAAAGCAUAAUCAAAUUAGCCAAAAUAUGUAAGAAAUGAACGUUCAAGGGGCAGCGGACGUGCAGAAUUCUGUAAAUGACGGACUAUCGAAAUCUGCAGGAAUCUUUCACAGGAUUUAUACAUAGAUUCCAUGUGGGCCUGAUUAUUAGCAUUAAGAGAGAGCAGAUUUGUGCUACACAAAUCAGCAGGUUUCAGUAUGUACAUUAGCUGAUAAACUGGACCUUUUGUUUGUAGUGAGAACCAGUGUGGCUACCUCACUGAGCUGGGUGGUUUGUGAAACAGCCACUGAUACCAAAGAUUCUUUGACCUGCCAGUCCUGUGCUGCCAAAGGGAGGAAUACACACCAAAUACCAAAAGCCCAAUAGCAUAACCAAAGCUGAAUGCAAAUGAAUUCUUACUUAAAGGUGGUAUAUACAUACUCAUACAGUGCAGUCAGACUGCAUAGCACCCCACUGAGGGAUGCGGCUGCUAUGCAGAUUGAGUUGAGUGCCUUUUUCCUUCAACAACGGGUGGGACUGCUCUGAAAUACUCGCAUAUACACACACAGAAGCACACACGCUUUGACAGUUUACACACGGAACGCGUUUUUGAGGCACAUUGCGCUGGUUUUUCAUCGUGUUUCUAUAAAGAUGCGCUACAUCGGUGUUUCGACCGUUGAGCCGCGUCCCGCGCUAUUUUUCAGUGUCUCGCGCCAUUUAAAGGCGCCGUGUAUGGUUUUAAAAACGCGCCUGGGAUUGUGAGCUACUUUCCAUUCCUAAGUGCAGCGUUUCGGGUUUUUAACCGAGAAAACGUGUUCUGUGUGCACGGCACCUUGCAAACUUAUGCUACCAUGCAAUUGUACAGUACGCAGGCAUAGACAUUGAAGCAGGGGGCGAUUAUAACGUUAGUUUGAUAUAAACUGGUGUUUAAGCACUUUAUAAUUCCAACUUUAUUAUUUUUCCAGUAUCACUUAACUGUAAUUAUUUGGGCUAAGAGCCCUUUUAAAAAACGCCCAGGUUUAUUUCGCAUUAAGCUUGUCUUGAGAGUGAGGCCAGUUUAUUUUAUUUGCACUGGCGAUCAUUCGCAUAAUAUCUUUAAAUGUUAGUUAGCAUCAUGUACUUGCACCCUUAUUUCAUAUUUCAGUAUGCCGCAGUACUGUACCCACAUAAUGGCCUAUUUUCAGGAGCACUUUCUAGUUUAAAUCAAGAUAUCAUAAAAUCAACUAAAAUACCAGACAGGACUUUAACCUGAACAAUUUGAUUCUCUACAGCUACCAUUUUAGUCCAGAACAAGUUUAGAAUAUAGGGUAACCCUUUUUUUUGACAAUUUGAAUAUCAAAGAUUUAAACAGGUGCAAGUGAUCCAGGAGAAGAGGCCAUUUUAAGAAACACAUUAAACCAGUUCCCCUCAUUUAUUUCUCCCAUUGGAAACCACACGCAUUUGGCAGGAAGUUGUUGACAAUUGAUUCUGAAAUACCUCAAAUGUUUUGUGUAAAGUUUAUGUAAUUAAGAUUAAACUAAUGCUAAUUACAAUGAGUACACUAACACUACUAAGACUACUAAUAGUUAGUUUUUGAACUUGUGACUUGAAGCUUUAUACUGUUAAAUUGUGAUUUUGUUGGUGUUGUUGUUUGGUUGACUCAUUUGCCAAUUUCUUGUCUAUUAUUAUUAUUAUUUUGAUCAAGGGCGGUACAUGAUUCUUUAUAAAAGAAAGACAUCUGAAUGUUUAGACAAAUCAUGAAAAGGAAAAGGAUUUGAGAGUAGAAGCAAAAAAAUAAAUAAAUAAAUUGAUGGACGACGACAGAAAAUAGCAGUCACAAAUACACUGAAUUUCCAAUAUAUGCAUCAAGUUUCUAAUGAUUUGUUUCCGCAUUAUUUAAAUGUUAAUUUAUUUUUUUUCUUUAUUUAAAGCUCGAUUGUGUAAAGUGCUCUGAGCAUUUAUUUAAAAAAUAAUGAAAAAACAAACUCCUUCCAUUUGAAGUGGUGGAGACACUUUUUCCUGCAUGACUAUUGUAUACUGUAUAGAGCAAAGCUGGAUCGACCUGGACUUUGAUAGGAGCGACUAGGAUGAAUAGACCCCGGGGGAAGUUGGACAUGGGUGGGAAGGGUGGUAAAAGUGUUGGAGGGGUUUUGUGAGUUUUGUCACUGUUGUUUUCCACUGGUUGUGUGCAUGUAUUGUUGCAGCCCUCUCUGCUCUCCUUGUAUUUCUUUUAUGUAUAUAACUCUUUAUAAUUGGGCAUGGCCGUGUAUCCUGGGCAACUGAACUUGGUCAUUGACCCCUAUGUACACACAUCUCCUCUUCUGAAAUGUAAUCUUGUGUGCAUUUGUUUACAUGUGGAGUGUUUCUCGAUUUGGGUUGCACACCAUUUCACACAAAACUGGAAUGCUAUUGGCCAGUUUUUUUUGCAACAGACCCCUCCAACCAGAAAUGGUCUCUCAUUGACUGUAAAACAGCAUCACGUACAUCAUGUUUCUCUCCGGGUCUGUCUGCAGAUCCAACCCCCCCAAUCACACUGUGCUCUUCCUCUUCUGUUACCUGUCAAUCAAUCAGAACCAAGUGUCUUUGUGAUGGUAGAAGACAAUCAGUUUCAAAACAAGGAGAAAAAAUGGUAGAGAAGACAGACUGAGAGGAGGAGGACAAGAGGAAAAAGGAAAGAGGUUCUCACAGGUUUCAAGUAGGUAACUGCUGCCCUAUUUAGGUUGCUGCGGUGCUUAUGGUGUGCAGCGUUAGCUAACUUUGCAAACACUCUUUUCUGAUAAUCCAGCAUUGCAUAGUAAUGCAUCAAAAACAUUCAAGUCUUUAAAGGAGAUUUAACUCCCAUAAGACAUUUACCACCAAAAAUGGACAAAAGAAGCAACAGUUUGGCAUUUUAAUGCCAACCGUGAUGCUAACAACUAAUGUUCACUCUAGCAUCUAGCUACAUUUUGUCUCACUUAGAGGUUUAGUUCACCCAAAACUCCACCUGACACAGAACAGCAUACGCUGUUUACGUUCAGUGGAUACUCUCCAAAAUGGCACCAGGGAGGAGACGAAUUGUUGAACAACGUCAUUAUUAUUUUUUCCCAUCAAAAAUGUAUUCCCGUAGCUGUCAUUUUUGGGUUGAACGAUCCCUUUAACUACUCCCACACUGCUGGACUUAAUCGAAAAGAUUUAAGUCUAGCAGUGUGUACUGAAAAGAGCUAUUGCAGACAAGUGCGAACAAUGCUCCUAAUAACCACAAACCAGUCAAUAAAGAGCUGCCGAGGCUAGCUGUCUUUGCAGAGAGAACUAUGUAAAAAUACAAAGAAAAGAAAAGCCUUUACCUCAAUCUUAAUCGAUGUGGUUGGUUCAGGUUUUUUUCAAGUUCCUCAAAAUCCACUUCAGUCACUAGGAUGGUGUUCAAGAAUACCUGUGUUAAAACACUUGAAAUGUUACCUGCUAAAUAAACCGUAUUAAACUAGCCUUCACUUCAGUGGGAUUAACAAAUCUGGUUUGUUGGUUUUUAUAAAUGCUUUGGGCAUUUGGCAGGCUAAUAGACCAACUAAAUGAUAAGCUAACCUAGCUAAGACCAGCAAACCAUCUUGAGCUGGUUUAACUGUUUUUUUUUAAGCAGGGGAUGGCAGACUAGCAAAUUAGCCUAGAUUAUUUAAUACUGAAAGACUAUAUAUAGGGAGGAGUGUUUGCAAAGUAAAAAGCUCAUGCACAUAAACUCCUCUUAGAGCACAUCUACCCAAACCAAAGAUUGAUCCAAGGGUAAAGACAAUCCAAAAAAAUAAAAAUAAAUAAAUAACA